AUGGAGCAGCUUUCAUAUCAGUCCAAACUGAUUUGCUCCGAGGAGUCUCAAAAGACUGGAUGCUUCACAACACUCCCUAUCCGUAUCCAUCCUCGAGAUGACUUAGCGGAUGCAGCAAGUCGCCGUUUUGUACAAGACUGGGCCAGAGAGAUGAGAGAUGGCCGCGAACAGUCUACUCAUUUCUCAUUCUCACCGGUGGGAAACUGGUCGUCCUUGAUCUAUCCCGAAGCGAUCCCAGAACGGUUGGGGGUCUUGGCCUAUCUGUCCGACUUGGGUUUGAUUCAUGAUGACGGUGGUGAAGGCUUGAGCAUUGAAGACGCGCAAACCGAGCAUGGUGAACUCUGCGCUGCUCUAGAUCCUAGUGAUAUCAGCAGCGCUGCGCCAGGUUCAAGGGCGAUGAAAACCAAGAAGCUUGUUUCCCAGUGUAUGCUUGAGUGUAUUAACCUUGACCGAGAAUUGGGCUUGAAGAUGCUCGCGGCGUUCCGCGACGUGUGGCUCGCUAUUAGCGAGAGGAACAGCGACAAGGAAGCGCGAACUAUGGAAGAAUAUUUGAAAUAUCGAAGCGAUAAUGGCGGAAUGCUAGUCUUCUGGCCAAUGCUCCAGUUCAGCCUCGGAGUGUCCAUAUCGGAAGCAGAAGAAGCGCUCGUACAGCCAAUUAUUGACGCAGCGACUGAAGGACUUCUCCUAGCAAAUGAUUACUUCAGCUGGGAACGUGAGUAUAGAGAACUCCAAUCCGGUCAAUCGAAGAGAAUAGUCAGUGCUGUUGACCUGUUUAUCAGGACGAAGGGACUCUCAAUCGACCAUGCAAAAGAGGAGGUCAAACGCAUGAUCAUCGCCGCUGAGCGCAAUUUCUGUCAGCGUCGUGAUGAUCUUUGCAGGAAGCAUCCUGACAUAUCAUUGAAGUUGAGACGUUGGAUUGACUGCGCUGGGCUAGCUGUCUCGGGAAAUCAUUACUGGUGCUCGGCUUGCCCCAGACAGAAUGCGUGGAAGGAUAUGACUCCCCAAAGUCAUAACGGUGCCAAAAGAAAAACUUCGCAUGGCGCAGCGAUCAGUAUGCAGGAAGCACCCUUCAAGAAGAGAAAAGACUCGAGCUUCUUUGGCUCUCAGCCUAGUGAUGAUGAGUCUUCACUCUCAGAGGUAUCAAGCUACCCGUUUUACAAGCCGUCGGCACUUGCACUGGAGGCACCUUCAAAGUACGUUUCCAAUAUGCCUUCAAAAGGCGUCCGGAGUGCGCUCAUCGAAGCUCUCAACGCAUGGCUUCACGUGCCGUCUGAACGGCUAGAAUCGAUCAUGUCUGUCAUCAACACGUUGCACAAUGCUUCACUCAUCCUUGACGACCUAGAGGAUAACUCACCACUACGAAGAGGCUAUCCAGCGACACAUAUCUUAUUUGGGCAGUCCCAAUCAAUCAACACCGCAAACUUUAUGUUCGUACGCGCUGUGCAGGAAGUCGCGCAGAAGCUAAGCCCAAAUGCCUUGGUUGCAGUCCUUGAAGAACUCGAGGGCCUGUAUUUAGGCCAGAGCUGGGAUCUGUACUGGAAACACAACCUCGCAUGUCCAAGUGAAGCCGAGUACGUCAAUAUGAUCGACCACAAGACUGGUGGUAUGUUUCGCAUGUUGCUUCGGAUCAUGCAGGUAGAGAGCGAGGUGACACCGCAGGUGGAUUUCCACAGACUGACACUAUUGUUCGGCCGAUUUUUCCAGAUUCGCGACGACUACAUGAACUUCCAAGAUUACACGGCGCAGAAAGGGUAUUGCGAAGAUCUCGACGAAGGCAAAUUCUCGUACCCAGUCGUCUACUGUUUGGAAAAUUAUCCGGAAUACCGUGGCCAUUUUCUUGGCAUAUUCCGACAACGGCCUACGGUUGCGACCGCCAACGCAUGUCCCUUGUCGGGGGAGAGUAAGCAGUAUCUGACUGCCUGCCUGAAAAAGAGUGGAGCGUUCGAUAAGACGAUUGCUUGCUUGACGGAUAUGGAACGCGACUUGGAAUUCGAGAUUAACCGGCUGGAGCAACAAACGGGUGAGACGAACCCAAUGCUGCGCUUGUGCCUCGCAAAGCUCAGUGUCAAAGGAAUUGGAAGGAUUAGCGAGGUAAGCCCUAGCAAAUGA